CACCUCUAUUUGAAACGGUUAUCUCCAAGUGGCGCCAGGAAACAUCCACUCGCAGAAGAGAAGAGGAGAGGGACACCGCCCCUCGUUUUCCUCGCCAGUCCGGCCCAUUUCUUAUCCCACACUCCACUCUUCUGCUUGUCCGCAUGGCGGCGGCGGAAGGCGAGCGGCCGCUGUACAAGGACGCGUCGGCGCCGGUGGAUGCUCGGGUGCGCGACCUGCUGGGCCGCAUGACGCUGCGGGAGAAGGCGGCCCAGAUGGCCCAGAUCGAGCGCACCGUCGUGUCGCCCAGCGCCCUCACGGAGCUCGGCGUCGGCAGCGUCCUCAACGCCGGCGGCAGCGCGCCCCGCGACCGCGCCUCCCCGGCCGACUGGGCCGGCAUGGUCGACGACAUGCAGCGCCUCGCGCUCUCCUCCCGACUCGCCAUCCCCAUCCUCUACGGCACCGACGCCGUCCACGGGCACAACAACGUCUUCGGCGCCACCGUCUUCCCCCACAACGUCGGCCUCGGAGCCUCCAGGGACGCGGAGCUUGUGCGGAAGAUCGGCAAGGCGACGGCGCUCGAGGUUCGCGCCACCGGCAUCCACUGGGCCUUUGCACCCUGCGUCGCCGUUUGUAGGGAUCCGAGGUGGGGGAGAUGCUACGAGAGCUACAGCGAGGACCCGGAGAUCGUGCGCUCGUUGACCACAAUUGUUACCGGCCUGCAGGGCCAGCCACCAGCAGAUCACCCCCACGGUCAACCGUUCCUCGCUUCGGUUAGGUAUUCCGGUGAUGAGAUUCAGCAGUGGAAUUCCUGUAUUUUGCCCGCAACCCGUUUGUUGAAAUGGGUCUGCGUGAUUUGCAGGGACAAUGUGCUUGCUUGUGCCAAGCAUUUCGUAGGGGAUGGUGGCACUGCCAAGGGAAUCAAUGAGGGGAACACCAUUUGCUCGCCAGAAGAUUUGGAGAGGAUCCACAUGACACCAUACCCUGAUUGUAUGACUCAAGGGGUGGCAACAGUCAUGGCGUCCUACUCUCAGUGGAAUGGAGAACCAUUACAUUCCAGCCACCAUUUGCUCACAGAUGUUCUAAAGGGCAAGUUAGGCUUCGAGGGGUUUGUGGUGUCAGACUGGGAAGGUAUUGACAGGCUCUGUGAGCCUCGAGGGUCUGAUUAUCGAUAUUGCAUCGCGCAAUCAGUUAUUGCUGGAAUGGAUAUGAUUAUGAUUCCUCACAGAUUUGAGAAAUUCUUGGAAGAUCUUGUGUCCUUGGUGGAGACAGGGGAGAUACCAAUAUCACGGAUUGAUGAUGCUGUUGAGCGGAUUCUGAGGGUUAAGUUCAUAUCUGGAGUGUUUGAGCAUCCAUUUUCAGAUCCAUCUCUACUAGACGUGGUUGGUUGUAAGGAGCAUCGGCUGCUAGCACGUGAGGCUGUUCGUGAGUCUUUGGUACUUCUGAAGAAUGGCAAGAAUCAGAAUGAAGCGUUCCUUCCAUUGGCAAAAAAUGCAAAACGAAUACUCGUUGCAGGGACACAUGCUGACAAUAUCGGAUAUCAGUGCGGUGGGUGGACAAUAGCUUGGCAUGGAGACAGUGGAAAGAUAACUCUUGGUACAAGCAUAUUGGAGGCCAUACGAGAAUCCGUUGGAGUGGAAACUGAAGUUGUGUGUGAGGAAUGCCCAACAGAAGCUAUCAUUGAAUCCGGGGAAUUUUCUUAUGCAAUUGUUGCAGUUGGUGAGGUUCCUUAUGCUGAAUGGUUGGGAGAUAGAACUGACCUUAGUAUCCCAUUUAAUGGUUCAGACCUGAUUACUCGUGUUGCUAGUAAAGUCCCUACUCUAGUGAUUGUUGUAUCUGGAAGGCCUUUGGUUAUUGAGCCACAAGUUCUGGAAAAGAUAGAUGCUCUAGUUGCUGCCUGGCUACCCGGAAGUGAGGGCAUGGGAAUUACCGAUUGCCUCUUUGGAGAUCAUGAUUUUGUGGGUACAUUACCUGUAACGUGGUUUAGGUCUGCUGAUCAAUUGCCUAUAAAUGUUGGAGAUGCUAACUAUGAUCCCUUAUUCCCUUUUGGAUAUGGGUUGAAAAUGUUCAAAAGUGGUGAAGAUUUAGCAUAACCUCAUCAUUGAUUUGGUUAUAAAUUUGAAUCCUUACAAUAAUCUUACAUAUGUUGUAAAAGAGAAAUAAUGCCUUGCUGCAAAUUAUAGGUCGUGUAAAAGAGUAUUUAUAUCUUGUUGUAGAUUAUGGUACUGAGUUAUGUAAAAGAAAAUUUGUGUCUUGUUCCAAAUUUGGUACUGGGUUAUGUAAAAGAGAAUUUGUAUCUUGUUGCAGAUUACAGUAUAUAACGUGUACACUCCCUAAUUUCUUA